CGCGCAGACCCCGAGCGUGGCCGCAGCGAAGAUGGCGACUGCCAUGUACUUGGAGCACUAUCUGGACAGCAUUGAGAACCUUCCCUGUGAACUUCAAAGGAACUUCCAGCUGAUGCGAGAGCUAGACCAGAGAACGGAAGAUAAGAAAGCAGAGAUCGACAUCCUGGCUGCAGAAUACAUUUCCACGGUGAAGACUCUGUCUUCGGAGCAGCGUGUGGCCCAUCUGCAGAAGAUCCAGAGCGCCUACAGCAAGUGCAAGGAAUACAGCGAUGACAAGGUGCAGCUGGCCAUGCAGACCUACGAGAUGGUGGAUAAACACAUCCGAAGGCUCGAUGCCGACCUGGCACGCUUUGAGGCCGACCUGAAGGACAGAAUGGACGGAAGUGACUUGGAAAGCACUGGAUCACGAAGCUUGAAAAAAGGUCGGAGUCAGAAGGAAAAGAGAAGCUCCCGGGGCCGAGGCAGGAGGACAUCAGAAGAGGACACUCCAAAGAAAAAGAAGCAUAAAAGCGGGUCCGAGUUUACUGACAGCAUCCUAUCUGUGCACCCCUCUGAUGUGCUGGACAUGCCUGUGGACCCUAAUGAGCCUACCUACUGCCUGUGCCACCAGGUGUCCUACGGGGAGAUGAUCGGCUGUGACAAUCCAGAUUGUCCAAUUGAGUGGUUUCACUUUGCCUGCGUGGAUCUCACUACAAAGCCCAAAGGAAAGUGGUUCUGUCCACGAUGUGUUCAGGAAAAGAGGAAGAAGAAGUAACGGAGAGGCUGUUGUGCCAGACUGCAGAGCAAGCUAAUAUAUUUCUUCACUCAUGUUGCAAUAUUAUCUUUCAUUUUAAAACUACCUUAUUUCAACUGAUAUUUAAUAAUUCAGUGGCCAGUUAUGAUUUCGGAUGUUUCCCAAACUAAGAAGCCACUGCACCAUUUGCACAGGACAGUCUCGCGGGGACUUGCCACAGUGACUUCACAUGCAGGCGCCCCGCUCCUGCAGCUCCCCAGCACUGAGCAUGGAAACAUUGCCUGUGGUGAGUGUCAGUCUGGGCUGUAGGCAAAGUGCUGCGUGGUGCAGGUGGACACAUUUUAACCUGGUGUCCUGCCGCUGUUUGGGAGCUAGAGGGUCAGCCUUGAGGGUCCAUGUUUUCCUGGACUGUCUUGCAUCACCCUGGAAGCCCAGCUGUUGCUCUGUGAGCAAAGUAUUGUCAGGCGCUGUCCCAUGCUGUGCUCUGACCCUGACCGAAGACCAGGGACUCCUGGCCAACAUACCUCUGAUGUGUCUGGAAGGGACUGGGGCUCUUCCCUGGUGGAAGCACCCUGUUUCAUUGUGCACCACCUUUUCAGUGUGAACUUCCAGCCCUCCCUGGAGAUUAAGCUUCCAUUAGCCUCGGACUGUCAGUUAUAACAACCAGCACCGCCCAACUGCGGAUAAACAGCCAGGCUGAGCUUCCACCUCUCUGGGAAUGCCUAACUUUUUUUUUUUUUUUUU